UGAAGGUCUUUCAUCGUCCCUGAAGCACUGAGAGGAAAGACACCCACCAGCGCGGAUGAGUCAAAGCACUGUGGUGAGGAAAGAAAAGGUAAAAUUUCAGCAAAAGUCAAAUGAAAGAAGCAAGACAUCACCGUUGAUUAAGCCUCGUGCGGACCGUGCAGUGGUUUCGGUGCCGCCACAAGUAAAUAGGUCUUAUGCAAAACGUCGGGACCUGCAAGAGUCGGCUGCCACCUCUCCCGCAUUCACGAAGGAUCGCAUGCGACAGGAACAUGCUCCGCCACCUGCGCCAAAGAAAAAGUCAUGCGGACAAGGGAGCGAAGGACAACCUCGGAAGAACGUCGGACAUGUGAAGAGGAGGAGAACCAUUGAGAAAGAAUGGGAAGAGAAGGUGACAAUCGAUCUGAGGGGAUCCGAAGGUGUCGAGGCUGUUGAGAGCGAAAAACGAGAUGUGUCACGGGACGCAGCAGUUAAGGACCACAGGACCGACAGUGAAGAAUAUAAUGAGACAGAGGACGGUGAAGAAGGUAACACGGGCACAUUGAACGAAGAACAAUCGUAUGGAGAAGAUGAGAGCAACGAAGAGGAAGACAGUCACAAUGGGUAUAACAACACAGAAGAUGAUGAUGACGAGGAUGAUGAUGACGAAGAACCAUCCCAAAGCAGUAGGAGGGAAGAAAGGCGUAGCGAGGACAAUAGAAAAAAGACGUAUCGAAAAACGCAAGGAGGAACAAGUGAUAAAGGCAGGGAGGAAAGUAACGCCGACAAAGAGUUAGUUCUGAAGGAGAAGGCAAUUGAAGGACGUAAGUAAGCAAUGUAUGAGAGAAAUCAAAACCUCUGACGAAA